AUGUGGGCGCCGUCGCGGGGGUCGUCGUCAGGGAGCGGGCGGCGGACCUGGCGCCGGCGCAUCGCGGACUACCUCGCCGACGACCAGACCGACGUGUCGGACAAUGAGUCCUUCAUCACGGCGCACAGCGACGAGUACGUCGCCGCCUCCACGUCCGCCGCGGACGGGGGAAUGCUGCCGGCGUUCCUCGCGGACCAGAGCGACCUCGUGGAGGUGAUGCUGGAGCUGGACGAGGAGUCCAUGGUGGUGCGCAGCGUCACGCCCACCACCGCGGCGCUGUACGGGACGCCCACAACGUCGCUGCCCGGCCCAGCGCCGCACACGCCGGACGGCCCGCGGAGCCUGAGCCGAUGCUCGUCGACGUCGUCGCGGAUCCGCAGGAAGUUCGCGUGGCUGCGGUCGCCGUCGCCGUCGCUGCGCCGUCCCCCUCCCCCGCCCGAGGCCGCGGCCGCCGCGGCGUCCUCGGACCAGCAGGUGGUGCGGGAGGCGGCGCUGGCGGCCCGCGAGCGGCGGCGCGUCCAGGCGCGCCUCCUGAACCGGUCGCGGUCCGGGGCCCGGCGCGCGCUCAAGGGCCUCCGGUUCAUCAGCCGCACCACCACCGACGCCGACGGCAGCGCCGCGCUCUGGCGCGCCGUGGAGGAGCGCUUCAACGCGCUCGCCACCGACGGCCUCCUCGCCCGCGACGACUUCGGCGACUGCAUCGGGAUGGUGGACUCGAAGGAGUUCGCCGUGGGCAUCUUCGACGCGCUGGCGCGGCGGCGGCGGCAGAACCUGGAGCGAAUCAGCAAGGACGAGCUCUACGAGUUCUGGCUGCAAAUCUCCGACCAGAGCUUCGACGCGCGCCUCCAAAUCUUCUUCGACAUGGUGGACACCAACGUGGACGGUAGGAUCACGAGGGAAGAAGUGCAAGAGCUGAUCGUUCUGAGCGCGUCGGCGAACAAGCUGUCGAAGCUUAAGGAGCAGGCUGAGGAGUACGCGUCCCUGAUCAUGGAGGAGCUCGAUUCGGAGAAUCUCGGCUACAUAGAGCUGUGGCAGCUGGAGGCGCUGCUCCUGCAGCGCGACGCGUACAUGACCUACAGCCGGCCGAUGAGCAGCGGCAGCGCGGCGCAGUGGAGCCAGGGCCUGAGCGCCGGCGCCGGCGUGGGCGCGGGCGCAGGCGGGCAGCAGCAGCCGCAGCCGCAGCCGUCGUCGCAGUGGCAGCUGCAGCGGCGGAGGUGGAGCCCGCGGCGCGCGGAGGCGCGGGCGCGCGUGGCGGCGGCGGAGAGCUGGCGGCGCGCGUGGGUGGUGGCGCUGUGGCUCGCGGCCAUGGCGUCGCUGUUCGCGUGGCGGUUCGUGCAGUACCGGCGGUCGGCGGCGUUCCGGGUGAUGGGGUACUGCCUUCCGACGGCCAAGGGCGCCGCCGAGACGCUCAAGCUCAACAUGGCGCUCGUGCUGCUCCCGGUCUGCCGCAACACGCUGACGUGGCUCCGCUCCACCUGGGCACGAUUCUUCGUCCCCUUCGACGACAGCAUCGCCUUCCACAAGAUCAUCGCUUUGGCUAUCGCGGUGGGCAUCUGCCUGCACGCGGGGAACCACCUGGCGUGCGACUUCCCUCGGCUGAUCGCGUCGGAGCCGGACGAGUACCGGCUGGUGGCGCGCUUCUUCGGGCGGGACAAGCCCAGCUACCGGGGCCUCCUCGCCGGCGCCGAGGGCGUCACGGGGAUCGUCAUGGUCACGCUCAUGGCCGUCUCCUUCACCCUCGCCACGCGCCCAUUCCGGAAGCGGGAGGAGGCCAAGGCAGCCAGCAGGGGCGCCGGCGGCGGCCGAUGGUGGCGGCAGCUCCCUUUCUUCCCGCUCGCCCACCUCGCCGGCUUCAACGCCUUCUGGUACUCGCACCACCUGCUCAUCGUCGUCUACCUCCUGCUGAUCGUCCACGGCUGGUUCAUGUUCCUCGUCGACAAGUGGUACCAGAGGACGACAUGGAUGUACAUUUCUGUACCCUGGUGCUUUACGUCGGGGAACGGACACUACGGGCCUUCCGAUCCAAGGCUUACGCAGUCAAGAUUCUCAAGUUGGUCGAAAAGACAAACGGGCGUAUGGCUUGGUCUGGGUCAAUUGUGUCUUUGUUCUUGCAAACUGUCGAAAGCAUCGUUGCCGUUGGGAGAAUGGAUGGUUUCAGAGUCAUAUAAAAGGAUUCUGGCAUGUGGCCAGUAUGAUGAGGAUAUGGUGCUAGGUCACGUUGGCACUAGGAUACGUAAUAGGGUGUGCCUUCUACCGGGGAACGUCUUGACCAUAACCAUGUCGAAACCCUACGGAUUCCGCUACAGAAGUGGGCAGUACAUAUUCCUCCAGUGUCCAACGAUCUCCCCAUUUGAGUGGCAUCCGUUCUCCAUCACUUCAGCUCCUGGAGACGACUACAUCAGCGUCCACAUCCAGACCAGGGGUGACUGGACACAAGAACUCAAGCGAAUCUUCGUCGAGAACUAUUUCACGCCAUGCGUGCCCCGAAGGGCUGCCUUCGGGGAGCUAGGCGCGGUGGAGCACAAGAGUCCGCCAAGGUUGCUGGUCGAUGGCCCCUACGGCGCCCCAGCGCAGGAUUUCAGGAACUAUGACGUGCUGCUCCUUGUCGGCCUUGGGAUCGGCGCAACGCCUUUCAUCAGCAUCCUGAGAGAUCUUCUGAACAACAUCAAGCUGGCUGACGAGCUGAUGGACCUGGCAAUGGAGACCAGCCGGUCCGAGGACAGCGCCAACAGCUUGAGCGCGUCAACGGCGAGCAGCAGCAACAAGAGGCGGGCAUACCGAACAAGCUGCGCACACUUCUACUGGGUCACAAGGGAGCCUGGAUCAUUCGAGUGGUUCAAGGGGGUGAUGAAUGAGGUCGCUGAAAUGGACAUGAAGGGUGUCAUUGAGCUGCACAACUAUCUGACGAGCGUGUAUGAGGAGCGAGAUGCAAGGACGACCCUGCUGUCGAUGGUGCAGGCCCUGAACCACGCCAAGCAUGGCGUAGACAUAGUGUCAGGCACAAGGGUCAGGACACAUUUUGCAAGACCUAACUGGAAAGAAGUAUUUACAAGAAUAGCGUCCAAGCACCCAAAUUCUACAGUCGGGGUAUUUUACUGUGGGAGACCUACACUUGCCAAAGAACUGAAGAAACUGUCACUUGACAUGAGCCACAAAACGGGAACCCGCUUUGAUUUCCACAAGGAGUACUUUUGA